AUGCGUUUUUCUACGUUCGUUUCCACUGCAGCAGCUGCUGCUUUCACUGUUUCACAAGUUUCUGCUCUAGGUGAGCUAGCUUUCAACUUGGGUGUUAAGAACAAUGACGGUACUUGUAAGAGUGUCUCUCAAUUCGAAAGUGAUUUAGAACUUUUGAAAGGUUACACAGACACCGUUAAAGUGUACGCCGCUUCCGAUUGUAACACUUUGCAAAACCUGGGACCUGCUGCUGAAGCUGAAGGUUUCAAACUGUUCUUAGGUGUUUGGCCAACCGAUGACUCUCAUUUCCAAGCAGAAAUUGCCGCCUUACGAACUUACUUACCAGCCCUAAAGCAAUCAACCAUAGCCGGUUUCUUAGUUGGUUCCGAAGCUUUAUACCGUGAAGAUUUAACUGCUUCCGAAUUAGCUGACAAGAUCAACCAAGUCCGUGACGUUGUUGCUGACAUCAACGAUUCCGACGGUUCUUCAUACAGUGGUAAGCAAGUCGGUACCGUCGACUCAUGGAACGUCUUGGUCGCUGGCUAUAAUGCCGCUGUCAUCGAAGCUAGUGAUUUCGUUAUGGCUAACGCCUUUUCUUACUGGCAAGGUCAAACUAUGAACAAUGCUUCAUACUCUUUCUUUGACGAUAUCAUGCAAGCUUUACAAACUAUUCAAACCACAAAGGGUUCUACUGACAUCACUUUCUGGGUCGGUGAAACCGGCUGGCCAAGUGAAGGUACUAACUACGAAAAUGCUUACCCAUCUGUCGACAACGCUAAGACUUUCUGGCAACAAGGUAUCUGUGCUAUGAGAGCUUGGGGUGUCGAUGUCGUUGUUUUUGAAGCUUUCGAUGAAGAUUGGAAGCCAAACACUUCCGGUACUUCCGAUGUCGAAAAACACUGGGGUGUUUUCACUUCUGAUGACACUUUGAAAUAUUCUUUGGAUUGUAACUUCUCUUAA